UUUCUUGCGUUAACGCAGCUGCAAACAGGGCUAUCACUCUAGGCGGUGUUGCUAGCAGAGAUCUGUGCAUUUUAAGUUCACAAUACAAUAUUUCGUCCUCAUCAAGGAGCUGAGGACAUUCAAUAAAUAUUCAAUAUUUCUGUGUCAGACUGCCACGAAUCGAGUAAUCAGUGACAGAUAUACCAUUCGCCGUUGCAUAGCUUUCACUUUGAGAAGCUUUGCUUUGUGUACGAUUGAGAAGUGAUGCAUAAAUGUCAAAAGGCCAGUCAAUAUAUCCACGUAAAGAAACAAAUAUGUGUUUUUAAGAUGUGUUGUCUUGACUGGCGUUGUGAUGACAAGCGUUGUGAAAUAUCAGCUGGCGCCUGUCGGAUGCUGUUAACACCGUUUCAGCUUCUGAGCUGACAGAGAAACGUGUAAAAAUGUCGGAGGAAAACUCGAAACUACUACUGUCCGAUGUAACGUGUUCUUGGAAUGUUGUUAAUGAGAGACAGCUAAAUGAUGCAAUUAGCUUCACCACCGAAGCGUCACCAGAAAAGCUGAAGGAUCUGGAAAGUGUUGUAAGCUUAGAGACUUGCAUACAUCUCUCAGCUAAAGAUGACUUAGAGCCUUGCAUUCUGGAACUGAGACCAGAGAAACUAAAAAUGAAAUCAUUUGUUAUUGUUUCAGAGGCAAGAAUUGUGGAAAUUUAUGGAAAUUGUGGGGAGUAUAUUUUAACAAGUCAUGGUGACUUUUUUGAUGAAUGUCAAGAUUUAGUUGUCUUUGUGAUAGAAGUGAAGCUUCCUCAACCCUCUCAGGAGUGUACAAUUAAAUUUGCUCGCACGAAAGACAAGGAGCAGAUGUGGUUGUUUGGAAUACACAUUUUUGCAGAGAACUGUACAAAUCUUCCCCCACAAAAUACAAUUAAUUUUCAAAAUGUGAAUAACAUUUUGAAAGAAUCUGGACAUCAGUUGUCUGAAAAGGCUGAAAAGUAUAAAAAGUUAUUGCAACUUUAUAGUUCCUGCUGGGAUCAGAAUAAAUCCCAAAAGAGGCCACCAAAUGCACAGAAUUUGAUCAAAAUGUUUGAAGUUGAGUGUCUAUCACAGUACAAUCAGAUAGGAGCACAAGCAAAAAAUGUGACAAGGUGCCUUACAGAUAUUCUGCCAUCAUUCAAUAUCCGACAAAAAGAAAAUCCCCCUGCUGCUAAUAGUGAGUGUGCUGAACUGAACUGUAGUGAUGUUGCUGUGCAGCACCAGUCUUGUGACACUAUCACAGAAGACUUGAAAUUGUACAUCAGUGAACAAUGUGAUGUCAUAGAGAAAAGAAUAUUAUCAAAAGUUGAGGAAAAAUUAGAAGAACUAGACAGAAGGCAGAAUCAAAAACUCGAUAAAAUUUUGUGUUUACUGAGUAAACUUGACAGUAAUAGCUAGAUGCAUUAUUGACAAUAUGUGGAAGAGUUGUGUAUUUCAUUAGAAUAUCCUCGAAUGAAAAUGUUACAUAGUAUUUCUUUAAAGUUACUAUUUCAACAGGUUUUUUUUGUGCUUAAAAGAAUUACGAUACAGUUAGAGAACUGAAGGCAGUUCAUUUUUUGUUACAUUAUAAAAAUGUGAUUUAUAGUAUUACAAUUCCAAAGGAGUUCUUAACUUUGUUCCUUUAGGUACUUCUUGCUUAAAUGAAAUGCAGAUAGUGAUAUUGCAAUUUGAAUUUUGAAGUAUGGCCUAUGUUUUACUGUUAACAGUUAUGUAUUGCAGCUUACUAUUCUUAACUGCUACCAGGUAGUAGUGAUUAAAUAGUGUGUUUCGAUCA